CCGUCCUAUGGAGAAAGAAAACCAAACAGGAUGCAGAAACUUUCUCCUCCUGGGAUUUACAGAAGACUCUGGCCUGCAGUCCUUCUUCUUUGGGUUGCUCCUGUCCAUGUACCUUGUCACCAUCACAGGCAACCUGCUCAUCAUCUUGGCCAUUAUAUCAGACCCUCACCUGCACACGCCCAUGUACUUCUUUCUCUCCAACCUGUCCUUAGCCGACAUCGGCUUCACCUCCACCACCAUCCCAAAGACUCUGCUGAAUAUCCACACGCAAAGCAAGCUCAUCUCCUUCCCAGGCUGCAUCACGCAGAUAUUUUUUUUCAUUGUGUUUGGCUGUCUGGAUAAUUUACUCCUGACUGUGAUGGCCUAUGACCGAUUUGUGGCCAUCUGCCAUCCCCUGCAUUAUGUGGUCAUCAUGAAUUCCUGCUUCUGUGGGAAGCUGGCUCUUGGGUCCUGGUUAAUCAGUGUCAUGAGUUCCCUUCCUGAGACCCUGACUGUGUUAAGGCUGUCUUUCUGUAUAAACAUGGAAAUCCCACACUUUUUCUGUGAUCUUCCUGAAGUCCUGAAGCUAGCAUGUUCUGACACCCUUGUCAAUAACAUUGUAGUAUAUUCUAUAACUAUAGCCAUAGCUGGUUUUCCCUUCUCUGGGAUUCUAUUGUCCUAUUAUCAGAUUUUCUCCUCCAUCCUAAGAAUUCCCUCAGCUGGGGGCAAGUACAAAGCCUUUUCCACCUGUGGGUCUCACCUCUUGGUGGUCUUCUUGUUCUAUGCAAUGGUCUUGGGGGUCUACCUCAGCUCAGCAGCCAUGCCAUCUUCUAGAAUGAAUCUGAUUGCCUCGUUGAUGUACACCGUGGUCACUCCCAUGCUGAACCCCUUCAUCUAUAGCCUGAGGAACAAGGACAUGCAGAAGGCUUUGGGGAAACUCCUCAGAAAGAUGAUGCUUCUUGGAGAAGGGACCAUAGCAGGACCCCCAUAAACAGCAAUUCAGUGA